AUGUAUUCAUCAAACCCAAGUUCAACAGAGCAAUACUCCCAUGCGCCGCCACCAUUUGCUCAGGCCACCGUGACUGGUGUUCCAAUGAACUCGACAAGCCAAUACCACGAGAAUUCCCAGCAAGCUUCAUUUCAAGCUCCAGUCCCUUGGUCCUCUGGCCUCUAUGACUGCUGCCAUGAUGUCUCAAAUUGUUGCCUGACAUGCUGGUGCCCAUGCAUUACCUUUGGUCGAAUUGCAGAUAUUGUUGAUAAAGGAUCAAAAACUACUGGAUUUAGUGAAGUAGUUUACGCACUAAUUGCCAAUUUGAUUGGUUGUGGAUGCUUGUACUCGUACCCCUAUCGCACAAAAAUCAGGCAGCAGUACAUGUUAGAGGAGAGGCCUUGUGGGGAUUGCUUGGUUCAUUUCUGCUGCGAGCCAUGUGCCUUAUGCCAAGAGUAUCGUGAGCUUGAAGCCCGCGGAUUCGACAUGACCAUAGGCUGGAAAGGAAAUGUGGAGCAACGAACUGGUGGAGCGAUGGCUACAACAGCUCCAGUGUUCCAAGGAAGCAUGAAUCGCUAG